UGACUGAAGAAGUUAGUGAAGAGUCGGAGAAGCUGGAGUCAGAAAAGACUUUCUAGAGUUUGUCGACUGAGUUUUAGAGACUGCAAAUGUAAUUAUUUUCACUGGGAACUGGUCAGGAUAUAUUUAAACACUAUGGUGUCUUGUGUGUGUUGUGGUCCAAAGCUUGCAGCUUGCGGAAUUGUCCUAAGUAUUUGGGGAGUCAUAAUGCUGUCAAUGCUGGGGAUUUUCUUCUCAACUCAUUCGGCUGUGUUAAUAGAGGAUGUACCUAUCCGUGAGGAAGAUAUGCACAACCAGCAGACCCCCCUGCAACCUGUUUAUGCCUUGUUUGACCAAGUGGGCUACAACUGCUUCAUCGCCGCGGGCAUGUAUGUCGUCUUGGGCCUCCUGUCCUUUUGCCAGAUCCGGAUGAACAAGCGGAGGGAGUACUUGGUACACUAACGCCACUUGGUACACUAGCACCACUUGGUACACUAACACCACUUGGUACACUAGCUGCCCCACUGGAGUCCAACCCACCAGCCGCCACGGAUUUGACCUUGCAGAGAUACUUUAGUCUGUAAAUAUCAUUGCAUUCUCAUUUGUAUGUCACAAUAACCCGGUACACUAACAGCAUUUGGCGAUGGAUGUCCCAUUUUUGGAAGUGUUUGGCUUCACACACAGAGUGACCUACUUUUUUUUGGGAAUGUGCCUUUUAAUAGUGCCUUACUGUACUGACAUGCCUUAUCACUGGACCAGACAUUUGUAACCAUUCUUGCCUUGACAAACUGGUUUAUUACAUGUAUGUCAUGUAAUAAAAUAAAAGUAAAAAAACA